CCGUCGGAGAUCGGGUUUUUGGGGUUUUCUUUUAGAAACCCCCCCGGUCCUUAUUCCGAACCGCAGGGAACCGGAUUGCCAUGGAACAGCCACCCGGAAAUGAAUACCACAUGGACAAACUCGUGGGAUUCCAGUUCGCUCCAGUUUCAUACAGCAACAGUGUACAAGACAGCGCGACCUUGUGGGUAGGAGGCAUACAUAGCCUCAAACAUUAUUUUAUCUUAUCUCAUCAAAAUUCUUCGUUUGUCUUAUUCUUCCAAGUCCGACCAGAUAACAUGCAUUUAGCCUCACACGAUAUUAGGAAUCUUUAAUAGAUCUAUGUUCGGAGGAAUCCCACGUGACACACAACUUCAAGGUUUGUUUACCUUAGCAACCAUGGCUGAAGUGGAAGAAAUUGUUACUGAAGCAGAUAAAAGACAUAUCGUGAAACUUAUCGCGGAUUUAAGACGCUCCAAUGCGGUUCUACGGGCAGAGACGGACAUGUACGAACGGUACAUCAACCGUAUCGACCCCAGAGACCUGGUCCUGCAGCCGCCGCCUGAGAGCCAGGGUGCCACGCAGCCCGAAGCUGGAACAAGCCGGAGGAAGUCCAAGGCCAAGACCGCAGCUGUAGACUGUAAGCCGCAACUGACUCCGGAGCAGAAAUGUGAUAUAGCGCAUAGAGAGCUGGACGAGACCCGAGAGGACCUGGAGAAACUGAAAGAGAGCUCUGAGAGAGUCCUUCACAAUUACAAGGCUACUUUGGAGGAGGCUGACAUCAGGCUGGUGGAAUUGAAGAAGGCCAGUUAUGAGUUUGACCGGGAUGUGGCCAAGGUGCUGAAGGAGAAGAGAGGGGUGAUAGUGGCGGCGGAGAAGAUUGUCAGAUACAUGGAGGAUAGGAUGAGGGCCAAGGACACGCUGAUGGAGAAGCUGCGUCUCAGAAGCGCCGCGCUGCAGGUGCAGAAGAGGAAGCUGCAGCUGCAGCUGCGGCAGAAGGAGGAGAUGGGCGAGGCCCUCCUCGAGGUGGACUUCAAGCAGCUGAAGAUCGAGAACAGCCAGUACCUGGAGCGCAUCGACGAGCGCAACGCAGACCUCCUCCGACUCAAACUGCAGGCAGGGAACACCCUGCAGGUCCUCAACUCCUACAAGAAGAAGCUGCAGAUCAUGACGUGCGAGUCCAUGUUGCUGAGCAGUGACUGCGCCUCCAGGAAGGAAAUGCUGGUGAAGAUAGAGGAGGAGGCCCUACAGGCCGAGGAGGAGCGCUUGAAAGCCGAGACUCUGAACAGGAAGUUGCGUGGCCAGCUGGCGGACUACCGUGUUCCUCAUGUGCUGCAGUACAUCACGGCCAAGGACUCCCACAGCCAGCUGGAGCAGAGCGUACGCACCUGGGAGAGGAAGGUGGAGAUCUCUGAGAUGGCUCUGAAGACUCACACCAAGGCCUGGAACAAAGUUAGGGCCUCCGUUGGGGCGGGGCCAGGACCAGGGCCAAUAACAAGUGCAGUGGCCAGGCUUGGGCCAAUCACAGGACCCGUGGCUGGGCCCAGGCCAACCACAAGGCCCGGGGGAGGAGCUGUGGUGGGUUGGUGAGGCGUUCCUACCUGUGGAUCUCCUCUCCGAUAGCAUCUCCCAACCUCUCAAGCCUUUUAUAAACCACUAAGGCAUACAUCUGGGUAUGGUGGAGUUGGUGUGCACGCAUGAGAUUGCAUUGAGACAACUGAUGGAAAUGUAUAUGGAUGGCUAUCCUUGCUUAUUGAACUUAAUUAUCCUGAAAUAAACCCAAAAAGUCCACCAGA